AUGUCUGCAGAGUCUCUUCCUAUUUCUCCUGUUGCGUUUGCAGCCGCAAUAAAAGACCUUACUAUACCUUCACUCUAUGCGAAAGUAUCAGAGCUCCGCAAUUCGAUCACGCAUCUCGAGCGGUCCAUUGUCGCGCUUAAAGAAUAUGUCGAAUCGCUUUCUGAUGGUGAUGAAGUUUGUGAAAAUGCUAUAACUGAGAACGAGACUGUCAUCCAACGAAUGCUUGAGCGCAUAGACUUGGUCAAAGCCGAGGUAGAAACCCGAGGGCAGCAGUGGAUCGAGCUAGAUGGAACAAGGUCGCCUAAACCAAAUGGAGCCGAGGCUAACGUUGAAGAAGAUGAUGUUGGGUUUAUCAUUACAGAUGCUACCCCGCAGCCAGGACAGCCUGCGAAUGCGUCGGCUAGCCCAGCUCGAAUGAAUGAAGUAUCUCAACAAAGCCCUGAAGGCUCUCGCACAGAGGGAAACUGCGGUGAAGCAAGCAUGGAUCCCGAGGAGGGGAUUUAUCUUUAA